CUUCCAAUUCGACUUCUCGAUCCGGAUCUCGUUGAGGGGUGGUGGGGUCUUUGCUCGUCUUCUUCUCGUAUCCUCACCAUCACCGCCACUCAGCAUCAACAUAUCGCCCUCCUCAUUCCGGCAACCUAGCAUACACGCUGCUUCUUGGCAGUCGUCAAGGGUCCAAUCGGACCGCACGUCCGGCCGCCGAGACGUCGCACAGCCCUAGCGGCCCCUUCCACGCCCCUUCGAGGAGCAUCAACUCCGAUUUCUCAUCGUCGCUUGAGCUCUCCUUUCCUCGUCGACGACCAGCCAUGACAGACGCCACGCCUCGCCUCGCACCCUCCAUCGCCCUCACAGUUUCACCGACACUGCCCGACAAGGCCUUGCCUCAGAAGCGCAAGGUGGGUCCCAAGAUCUCAAAGCGCCAGAAUGCGCGUCUCCAACUGGCAGCUGCCCUCAUUGAGGCGGAUAAUGACUUUUUCGAGGCUAGAGCAGAGGCCAUGGCGGCUGCUGGAGCAGCAGCAACAGCCUCUGCACUCGACGCCGGUGUCGCAGAUCCAUCACCCGCACCGUACCCACCACCCGAGCCCAAAUUGGCCAGCGAGAGUGUCAUCUUUGCACCUUAUCGCGGCGACGAUGACGAAGCAGAUGAAGCGCAGACUGUAGCCAGGCAGCCAUCAAGGACACGUUCGAUUCAGCGACCUCAGAGCAGAGAUUUCCUUGGCGUACACCUGCCCGGUCAGGAGCGAUAUCAGCCUCAGCAGGAGGCCGGACCUUCCCUACAUUCUCACUCGCGUAAUGUCAGCCUCUCUUCGCGCAAGUUGGGUCUCUACGCCGAUGAAAAUCUCCCCGCUUCACGACCGGGUAGUGCUCUGAGCCUGAGAAGCAGGGCCCCGAGCUCUCUACAUGGAGUCGAUCGUCCAGCGAGCGUCUUCAGCCAGAUUUCUCAGACGGGCAGCAGGCCAAUGACCGCGGCAGGUCGCUCUGAAGCAGGUGUAGGAGGUGACGAUGACGAGGGAGGCGCAGCGGCAGAAGAAGGCCUAGGCGACUGGGGCCUCGACAAGUUUCUCACCACCGAAGCAAGGCAGCGCAUCUCAGCCGCCCGGGACCGCGAUCGUACGCGCGCAGUCUCCAUGGUCGAGGGCAUCGACGUUCCCGAUGAAGCUCAACUGCAACAACGCCCUCCGCGGCGCAGCUCAGCCACGCGAAGUCGUAAAGGCUCAGGCGCCUCGGCUGGCUCGGCGCCUUUCGCUUCACACAAUCGUCGUCCAAUGAGCGCUGCGAGCGAUCUCGAGGUGCCGCAAAGGGCCAAGUCGGACAUCAUGUCGACGAGGGGCGCAAGCUCGUCCCGCAACCCGGACCUGGAUCUGCUCGCUAGGAUCAAGUUGUACCGUGAGAGGCAAGAGAAUCUGCCACCGAGUCAGUGGGGAGAAACGCCAAGUGCUCAGCUGUCGACUGAUGCUGUGGACCCCACAGCAGCCAUGCAGUCUGAGGCAGCCAGCCUACCUGUUCCUCCGAAUACCUCUAUCGAUACUGCUCUCGCCGCGAAUGCCCCCUCGGUUCCCGCCGGCGAACCGACCCCACGCCUCAACGCCGCCGGCGCAACCCUCGCAGCACCGAUGAGACUGGACAGAGAAGACACCAACGAGCACCCUGCACGAGAUGCGCCUUCCUUCCAUCGAGAGGGUCUCGUCCCUUCACAUCAAGUCGAGCCCAGUGCUGCAGACAUCGUACGCGUCGAGUCCGUCAGGGGGCGUACAGGCGAAUCAUGGUCCGAGCAGGGCUCCGAGAUAUCCCAUGGCGCUCACACAUCGCUGGGAUCACAGUCUGUCUCUGCCCCAAAGCCAAAAUCCUUCGUUGCUGAGCAUCUGAGUCCGACGCCCGAGGAGCAGGACAGUGGAGAGCUCGACGAGGCGGCGGCUCGAGAUGGAGCUUUCGGAGCCAUGCCGAAUCCACAUCGCGACUCCAUGGCGGGGAUUGGCUCUCGUGCAAACUCACACAACGCAUCGACAGAUGCUCUACACUUUCUCGGUGAGCAGAAUCCACCUCAACCCGUCUUUAGCAGCCCCUCACUCGGCGGUGGCUGGGCGGACAAGGACAGCCGUACUCUCUUUCGCGCCUUUGGCCAAGCGUCGCCUCCUCUUGCCAACAUUGACAGCGUCGCUGCCCUCCAAGGCGACUACUUUAGCGCCUUGGCCCUCGGUCCAAGCCCGUACUCGGUCGUCGAUCGAAUGGCGCGCCCAGGCAACGCUACUCCCCCUCCGCUGCAAGACGUCGGCAGCCCUCGCCUCGCCAUGAUGAGUCCCAAGCUCGGUCCUGUUCCCCUCACGCCGGAAGCCUCCGAGCAGCAGCAGCCGCAACUUCAGACGCCUCGCAUGCCACCGUCGGGCGCCUUCAUGUCAACCCGUCAGCUGCAGGAGCUUGCCCGCCACUCAGCCUUUCCCGACAGCUACGGCAUCCAAUCUCCCUUUCUCGGCUCCGCUGCAGAAGAACAAGGGCGACGCGUCGAAGAGGCUCAAGAAGCAGCCGCUGCAGGACAGUACGGCUGGCAAGAGCUCGCACCCGUUGAGAGCCUGCCCUCAGAUGGUUGGGUGCCGGAGAAGCAUGAGGGGCUCUUCACCAAGGCCUUUAGACCCGUGUCUGGCUUCUUUGGCGGUGGCAGUAGCGGCGCCGUCUCGGUGGAGAAGCUCAAGCAGGACAUGGCCAAGAUGGAACCUGACCUGAGCUCUUCAAAGUGGGGGCGGAGGAGGAAGUCACAGCCCGCAGCGGCAGUGACGACGUACGUCGAGCCGGUCGUCGAGCCUGUUGAUCCUGCUGCAACUGGUCAUGAGCCCGUCAUCGACGACAGCCUCUCCCGCCAGAUGACGGACGCAGUCACUGACGCGCGUGUCAUCAUCGGCGAGUCCAGCGAUAAUCAGGAGCUCGACCUAGAUGACGAAUACAUCUCUCCGCCCUCCAAGGGCCCGCUUCGGCCUCGAGGUGUCGAGCACUGGCUGCCAGACGUCCUUGUCAUGCCCGGCGUGCUCGAAGGAAGCCCAGAGCAGCCCCGCUCCAAGCUGUGGCAGAACGUCGACGAUGGUAGCCCUAAUAUCGGCGGAGCCACAAAGCAUCGUCGUCGUCAAAGCGGCCUGUACGUACCCGAGGGCUUCGUCUUGCAUAAUGCUCAAGGGUCGGGGCCGGCACAGAUUGUGGACGACAUCGGGUUUCCACGUCGCACUGCAUUCAUCUACCCAAUUGCAGCGCCGAGAGGCAUCGGCCGACGCGCAAUCAUGCCUUCUACGGCUCUCUUCCGCAAUGAACUCGUCCGCCGGGACGAGGACCGUGAAGGUUGGGGUUUCGAGUCCACCUCGCUGCCACCGGUGCCGGGCGAGGGCAUUUCUCCAGACGAUGCUGAAGGGGACGCAAAGCUAUCAAAACGCCAGAGGCGCAAAGCAGAGAAGACGGCGAGCAAAGAAGCCAAGCUACGCCUCAAGCGCAAGCGAGCGCGAACCCUGCGUCGUCGCACGAGACGCCGCGCUACGCGUGAGGGCAAAACGUGUGCGGAGCUCGGCGUUGCAGAGGAGAGCCCCGUGGAGGACCUCUCACUGACUGAAGACUCGGAGGGAGAUCUCACAGAUAGCUCAGAUGGAGAGCUCAGUCCGGAUAGCGACGAGGAACCCAUCCUGAUUGAUGAGGCCAAGCCUGCCGGCAAGCUCUAUGGAAAGAGUCUGAUGGACGUUGCCGAGGAAAAGAGACGGCAACGCCUUGCGAAUCGACGUUUUUACGGACAGCAAGAGCUGGAUGUUGUCCGCGAUGCAUCCGUCGACGGGGGCGAGACCGGCCACAGGGACUCAGCCAGCCCGUUCAGCUCCAAUGACGUGACAGCUGCUCCCUCUCUUCAUGCGCCGAGCAUCGCCGCCCGAUCAUUCAGGGACAACGCCAACGGGAGGUAUAAUGAUACGCGUGAGAGGAUGCAGGCCGCUUUCGGUGUCGAUACGAAUUGGGCGAGGGAGAUGGCCAAGAGGAGAGAUGAGGAGAGGGUUGAGGAGGAGCAGAGGCUUGAGGAGAAUGAGAGGAGAGAAGUGGGGGAGAGAGAGAGGGAGAGAAAGAAGGAGGAGAAGAGGGCGAAAAGGGCGAUAUUCAGCAGGAAGAAGGUAAACAAUGCGACUCCGGCUAAGGUGGACCAGGUGGGCGCGGAUGGAGAGGUUCACUACCAGGCUGAUGCUUCUGCGGCAGCAGCCUAUGCGGCAGCCCAUGCCGAUCAUGGUCUGCAAGAAGAAGACGCUCACGGCCAACAAGCACAGGAGCCGAUACCUCCCUCGCCUCCGCGAUCCAAGACGCCUGUUGAGCCGCCUCGUCUCGAUGUUGCCGCCAACGGUGAGAGCAACGCUGAUGCUUUUGGCGUUGCGCAGUGGCUCCUGCCCUCAUCUGGGGACGACUCGUCUGACUCCGAAAGGGGCGCAGCAAGACAACGAAGCACAAACAUACAGCAGCGCAGUCAACAGCAGUACACUGGACAGCAAGCACCUCGCGUCCAGCUUGGCCGCCUUGCAGACGACACGAGCGACAGCGAAGAUGAUGAGGUACCUCUGGCCCAGCUCAAGCGCAAGUCGGUCAUGACGUUAGCGCCUAUGCUCCUCACAAAGCCCACUCGAGCAGCGCAAGACUCGUCAGAGGAGGAUGAGAAUAUGACCCUCGCACAGCUCAAGCGCAAAUCCGGGGCUCCUCAUGCCAGGCUCUCUUCGCUCAACAGCCUCGGUAGCGGUACAGGCGGUCGCGACGCUAAGCCUUCCUCAUACAAGGCCUCUACGCUGCGCUCGUCCUCGUCCUUAGGCCAGCCCAAUGGUGGCGUGAACGACGCAGCAUCGUCUUCCUCGGACGACGAGGUGCCUCUAGCCCAACUUCGCAAAAGCACGGGCUUAUCGCAUGCGCGAGGAGGCAACAGCGAGCAGGACAAUGCUCCAGCUUCCGACGAGGAUCGCCCCCUCGGGCUCCGUCAGGGCGCCUCCGAGGCCGUGGCUGCGGCCCUCUCCAAACUCCAAUCGAGGCAAACCGCCCCAGCCGACCCAUCAGACGAAGACGAUCUCCCUCUCGGAUCCACCCAUCCCCAAGCGGCCAUCAUUGCCCGCCAAGCAGCUCAGAUUCGGCAACUCCAACAGGCCCAGCAGAUGGCAGCCAUGUCGCCUGCGAUGUCAAUGAUGCCGUGGUCUCAGUCGAUGGGCUCGCCGUCGAUGAUGAGCUGCAGCCUGCCGAUGCAGAUGCCGGCCGCUACCUCGUCAAUGAUGUUUCCCUCGCAGGCUAUGCUGCAGCAGUACUAUGAGCAAGGUCCAUCAGGCGCUGUGACAGGUAUGAUGAGUCCGCAUUUGGGUGGUCCAACGCCGGCUGAGGCCGUCAAGGCUUCGUCGAUUGAGCGAUGGAGGGAUGACGUGCGAUGAGGGAGAUCUUGACGCCGUUCUUCUGCUUGCCUACCGCUAGCACUCCCACUGGCCUCCAGCCUGCUCAUUUCUCUUCUCAUCUUGUAAUAUCGCAUCAUCUGCCCCUGUCUCAAUCGGUUCGCAUCACACGUACAUAUAGAAUGGAGCAUACACAAUCUCUCGUCGAUCAGCUCAGCAUCGUCUUGCCAUCGUCUUCACGCUUCGUCGGGACGAGCUUCAAAAGGCAUUAGAAUAAUCUUCGACGUCAAAGGGACAUGAAAGGCCGACCCUGCGGAGGAGCCCGCGAAGAAAACAAAGUGAUAAUGACAAUGACGAGGAUAGACG